UCCGGUUACGUAUCCGGACACACUUAAACAUCUCCACAAAACCCCUAUACCACCGUCUCAACUUUCCAGAACACACAACUUUUCUCAGCGCGAAAAAUAUCGGUCAGUAAUUACAUCAUCCCAAAAACCUCCGUCUUGAUUCGAUUUGCUUCCAAUCUCUUCAAUGGAACCAGAUCUUCCGUCGCGAUCCAAUCGCAAGCGCCCCAUCCCCGAGCUCUCCGACUCCGAUUCCGAUUCCGACAGACCCACGGCAGAAAGGAAGGUUAAGUUUCCCAAGGGGAAGAAGGCGAAACGGGAAGACGAACCCGUGAGGAUACGCAGAGCCGACGAGGAUGACGACGAGAUCGGGGAUGAGUUUCCGGAUCCCCGUUUCGCCGCCAAAGAGCGCGAGAAGCGGCGGCGCUUCGGGGACGACGGGAUCGGCGACGACGUCUCCGCCGCUGAAGUCGCGUACGGCGAGGAAUUGGAUUACGACAACUUCGUGGAUGACGGGAUUCAGAUGGACCCUUUCAACUUGGAGAAGGAGAGGAAGGAGGGUUAUUUCGAUGCCGAGGGGAAUUUCGUGGAGUAUGCCGAGGGGAACCGAGUGAAGGAUGCUUGGCUUGAUAGUGUUGAAGCUGGGGUUACGAAAUUACAUGUUCCGAUACCGAAAGCCGAAGAUGAUGCGGCGGAUUUGCCACCGGAAGAUGAAGAUAUUGGGAAGAUUAAGAGGCGCAUUGCCGACGUGCUCGAGGAAGGCGAAACAGUGUUGCAGGCUCUGAGGAGGUUGAAGGGGAACAAGAAGGUGAAGAUGUCGCCGGAGACGAAGAGGGUUUUCGAGCAGCUGACUGAGGAUGCUGUGACGCUGAUGGACAAGCACGGGGAGUACGAUGUGAAUCACGAGAAGAAGGAGAUUUUCGAAAGGGAGGCUCAAGGGUACGAGACUUUAGCUAGGGCAAGACUGGAAGGCAUCCCGGCCGCGCCAGUUGGGAAUAAUAACAAUGGUGGUGAAUCUGCUGGAGAUGGAUAUGAUAUGUUUGGUGAAGAUGAUGAUGAAGAAGAUGCUAAUGCUGCUGCUAGACCCUCGGAUUCUAACGGAGCAGGAGCCGGUUCCUCUGAAGGGCAGAAUGAUUAUGUGUUUGAUGAGAAUUCGGGGUACUAUUACAGCAGCAGUUUGGGUUACUAUUACGAUCCAUCCACAGGACUCUUUUGCUCUGCUGCAUCUGGGGUUUGGUACUCAUACAAUGAGGAGACUGGCGCGUAUGAUGAAGUUCCUCACCACGAUCAGGCUGCUUCUGCUGCGGCCGCCACCACCACCGGUGUGAAUUGAAGAGGAUGAAAGAGAUUUGCCGCUUCGGAACGUUGUAUUAUCUGCACUUGUUGAUAGGUUAGAAUUUAGAUUUCAAAUCGCUGUUGACUUCUUUUGUAUUUUUCUUGCAAAACAAAGAAGAUUUUAGACAUGAUUAGCAUGAUUUCACAAUUAGUACUUAAACAUGAUCGUUUUGUAUAGAUCAAAUGCCUGUUGCUGGUUAAUGUGAUGCUACAUUUCAUAA